AUGAUGGAAUUAAAUAGAACGCGCAAAGGGCCGCUGCCUGGAGGUCGUCAGGGCGCGACCACCCAGCAGCCCCUCGCAUCUAUCAUCCCCACCAGCUGGCUUGGUGUCGGCAGGGUCUUCGCGGGCCCAGCAAUCGGCACCCGCCUCUGGUGGAGUACGCCGCAUGCGUUGGACAACCCAGAUGAACAGCAACGCAUUGCGGGCGUAUUUUAG